AUGAGACACUUUGCAGGCUUCUAUUUCCUUUCCGGAAAUAUAGUGUCAUUGCUCUUCAUAAUUUCAACUGCUUUAGACACUAUAUCUAAGGAUAGCCCAAUCAAAGAUGGCUAUACCAUAGUUUCAGCUGGUGGCAACUUUGAGCUUGGAUUUUUCAGUCUUGGAAAUUCCAAGAAUCGGUACGUUGGAAUAUGGUACAAGAAGAUAUCAAAGGAAGUGGUCUGGGUUGCCAAUAGAGCGAACCCACUGAAUAACAUAUCUGGCACGUUAACAGUCAGUGACAAAGGGAUCCUACUGCUCAAUGGUACCGAAGGCAUAAUAUGGUCAACGAAUUCAUCGACAUCCUUGAGGAAUCCAGUGGCUCAGCUUUUGGACACUGGAAAUCUUGUCCUAAAGGAUGGAACUGAUCUUGUCUGGCAGAGUUUUGAUUAUCCAGGGAAUACUCUAUUACCGGGCAUGAAGAUAGGCCAUAACUUAGUCACUGGCCUGGAUAGGAGUCUUACAUCAUGGAAGAGCAGUGAUGAUCCUUCACCAGGUGAAUAUGUAUCUCGCCUCGAUACAAAUGGUUAUCCUCAAAUUAUUUUGUGGGAAGGUCCUGUUAUAAAGUAUUCCAGUGGACCAUGGAAUGGACGUCUAUUGACUGGACGACCAAAUAUGAAACCAAAUCCUUAUUUUACAUUUGAGUUUGUGUUUAAUGAAACGGAGAUUUACUACAGAUACAACCUUAUACAUGCUUCUCUUCCCACCAGGGUGGUCAUGAUUCCGACAGGCCUAAUUCAAGAGCUUGUGUGGAUUGACCGCACCCAAAGCUGGUUGCUUUACUCGACAGCACAGAUUGAUACCUGUGAUCGAUAUGCCUUGUGUGGCCAAUUUGGGAGGUGUAACACCAAGGACUCCCCUCCGUGUGCUUGUUUGAGAGGAUUUGAGCCUAAAUAUCCACAACAAUGGAAUGCAGCUGAUUGGUCCAACGGGUGCGUACGAAGAACUCCAUUGGAAUGUGGGACAAGUGACAGGUUUCUGAAAUACUCUGGUCUGAAAUUGCCAGAUACGCGCCAUUCCUGGUUUGACAAGACCAUUGGCCUUGAGGAAUGCCAAAGGUUGUGCCUGGGGAACUGUUCUUGCGUUGCAUAUUCUAAUCUUGAUGUCAGAGAAGGUGGGAGUGGAUGCUUGCUCUGGUUUAAUGAACUCUAUGAUUUUAGGGAAUAUGCUGAAAUUGAGCAAGAUCUUUAUAUAAGGAUGGCUGCAUCAGAAAUAGGUUCAGACAGGAAGGUGAAGAGAGCAAUGCUGAUUGCAAUUAUAUUACCAGUUUCAGCAAUAACCAUUCUCGGUUUUCUAUCUUGGUAUGCUAUACACAGAAAGAAAAGCAAAAAAGGAGGCCAAGAAGGAAAGCAAGAUAUGGAAUUACCUUUGUUUGAUUUGAUGACUAUUACAGCUGCAACCAAGAAUUUCUCUUCAGAUAACCUGAUUGGAGAGGGUGGUUUUGGACCUGUUUAUCAGGGUAAACUAUCAACUGGAUCAGAAAUAGCAGUGAAGAAGCUCUCCAAACAUUCGGGACAAGGUCUUGAAGAGUUGAAGAAUGAAGUUGUUCUGAUUUCCAAGCUUCAACACAGGAACUUAGUUAAGCUUCUAGGCUGUUGUCUUGAAGGAGAAGAGAGGAUGCUAGUUUAUGAAUAUAUGCCUAACAGUAGCUUGGACCACUUCAUUUUUGAUGACAGCAGGAAAAGACGACUUUCCUGGGAAAAUCGUUUUCAAAUUGCAAUGGGAAUAUCGAGGGGGCUUCUUUAUCUUCAUCAGGACUCCAGAUUAAGGAUUAUACAUAGAGAUCUAAAGACCAGCAACACUUUACUGGACAGUGAAUUGAAACCCAAAAUUUCUGACUUUGGCUUGGCUAGAAUUUUUGGUGGGGACCAAAUCAAAGCAAAAACAAAGCGAGUGAUGGGAACUUAUGGCUAUAUGUCUCCAGAUUAUGCUGUUGAUGGGAAAUUUUCAAUGAAAUCAGACGUGUUUGGUCUCGGUGUUCUUCUACUAGAAUUAGUGAGCGGAAGAAAGAACAGGACAUUUCAUCAUUUGGGCCACCAUCACAACCUUCUUGGACAUGCUUGGUUAUUAUGGAAUGAAGGCAAGGCCUUGGAACUAAUGGAUACAUGUCUCAAAGAAUCGGUUGUGGAAUCUCAAAUGUUAAGAUGCAUUCAUGCGGGGCUAUUAUGUGUCCAAAAGUUAACGGCAGACAGACCAACAAUGGCAUCAGUUGUUUUCAUGUUGAGCAAUGAAAAAGUCGGAUUACCUCAACCAAAAGAGCCUGGUUUCUUCAUAGAGAGGAGUACAGAUGAAUCAAAUGAGAAAAUAUGCCUCACUGACAAUGUUUUGACACUAACAAUUCUUGAACCGAGAUAGAU